GUUGAUGAAACCAAGUCUUGGAGCAAGCCAGCCACCCCACCAAGGCUGCAGGACAGGUGGUGCAAGCUGCUGGGCAGCAAGAAGUUUGGUACCAAGAAAAUGAGCAUGUCUGAGCCCCCCUGAGCUGUCUGUGCAGUCUACCACGAGCUCAAUGAGCUUCCCAGAUGGCUCCACAAGCUGUGCCAUCAGCUGUGAUGUAUAUGCUUCCUUGUAAAUAAAGCCAUAGGACCCUGCUACUGGUUGGGCUGGUUACUCUUCCCAACUGGGUUUUUUGAAAGGUCCUGCUCACCAUGCUGAUUCGCACCUGCUUCUUUUUUGCCUGCCUGCCUGUGGCAAGCCACGUCUGGGGACGAGGGGGGCAAGGGUCAGGCCGGCUGAAACUCACAGUCCUUUCAGAAGACAGGCUCCAGAUGAAAUGGAAAGAAACCGAAGGAAACAUCAAUGGCUACAAAGUGCGGGUAAAGCCUAUGGCAGGGGACUCGGAGCAAGAAGUCAUGCUGAAAACAAAGACUCCCAAAGCCACGGUGGGGGGGCUGAGCCCUACCAAGGAAUACACACUGCAGGUCUAUGUGCUCAAUGGCUCCCAGGAAGCCUUAUUCGCCAAGAGGAAAUUUGUGAUAGAGGACCUUAAAAAUGCAUCCCAGACUAGAAAUAACCGAAGGAACGCAGGAGCUGCACCAGGAAAGAAUCUCACCUCUGCGGGCAGCUCAACAGUUGAGCAGAGCCUGGGGAUGGAGACAGCUCCACCACCCUUGAGCACCAUCCUGACACAUCCAGCAAAGGACAGAGCUGAAAAGAAAAGGCACAAAGGGACUCAGCCCAAGGGCUCAGGAGAAACCACGAGGAGCCAGCCCAGUGUUGGUGUGACACAAACACCAUCACCAACCACAAAGUCAUCCCAGCGUACCACUGCAAACGUGGAGCGAGAGUCUCUAGGAAAAGAAAAACCCACAAGGGAUUCACUGAGGAGAGGUUACCAGUUCCAAUGUGACACGUCUGCAAUGACUGAUAUUGUCCUGCUUGUGGAUGGAUCAUGGAGCAUUGGGCGCAACAAUUUCAAGCUCAUUAAAGACUUCCUGAGCGCUUUAAUUUCCCCAUUUAAUAUUGCCCAAGACAAGAUAAGAGUAGGGCUGUCCCAGUACAGCAGCGAUCCCCGCACAGAGUGGGAUCUGAGUGCUUAUGCAACGAGGGACCAGGUGCUGGAGGCAGUGAGGAACCUGCGCUACAAGGGUGGCAACACCUUCACAGGCCUGGCGCUCACCCAUGUCCUGGAACAAAAUCUGAAGCCAGAUGCUGGUGCCCGACUGGAAGCUGAGAAAUUGGUAAUCCUCCUGACUGAUGGAAAAUCCCAGGAUGACGCCAGCCUGGCAGCUCAGACCUUGAAAAACGUGGGCAUAGAGAUAUUUGCUAUUGGGGUGAAGAACGCAGAUGAGGCUGAGCUGAAGCAGGUGGCCUCAGAGCCACUGGAGCUCACAGUGUACAACGUGCUGGACUUCCCCCUGCUCAGCUCCCUGGUUGGCAGGCUCACCCGGGUCCUCUGCAGCAGGAUCAAAGAGAGGAGCAGCAAGGAGAGUGCAGGUAGAACUGUGAAAGAUAUCCCUACAAAUACAGGUCCACAGCUGAGCCCAACAGACCUUAAAAUAUCAGCUGUGACUUCUAAAAGCAUGCACUUGGCCUGGAGUCCUCCUGUGAGUCCACCAAAGAAAUACCGGGUGGUGUACAAUCCAUCGAAGGGCGGCACUCCCAAGGAGGUGCUUCUGGAUGGAGCUGUCUCCUCUCUGUGGCUUUCCAACCUGACCUCGCACACAGAGUACCUGGUGUCGGUGUUUCCCAUUUAUGACACAGCUGUUGGGGAUGGGCUGAGAGGCGUCACCUCCACAUUGCCUCUGUCUGCCCCCCGCUCCCUGCGUGUCUCCGAGCUGAGCCACAACAGCAUCAGGCUGAGCUGGAAGGCAGCCCAGGGAGCCACGCAGUACCUGGUGCUCUGCUCUGCAGCCCCCGAUGGAGCAGAGGAUGAUACAACAGAGAUGAAGGUGGCUGAGCCCGAGGUCCUUCUGGACAGGCUGUCACCCAACACUGAGUACUCCAUUGCAGUGUAUGCGUUGUAUGGGGAAGAUGCCAGUGAUCCAGCCAGCAUCCAGGAAACCACCUUGGCCUUGAGCCCUCCCAGGUACCUGAGCUUCUCAGAGCUCAGCCACUCAUCCGUGCGGGUCAGCUGGGAGCCAGCAACACUGGCAGUGAAAGGUCAUCGUGUCACCUACGUGUCUAGCAGAGGGAGCAACACUGGGGAGGUUGAGGUUCUUGGCACUGCAGUGUCCACUGUCCUGAGACCACUGUCCUCCCUCACCCAGUACUUCAUCAGUGUCCGAUCUGUGUAUGAUGAGGGUGACUCCUUUCCAAUCACUGGCAACGUCACCACUUUGAAGGUCCCCACGCCGCGGGCGCUGAAGGUUUCUGAGCUCUCUGAGAACAGCCUCCGGCUGCACUGGGAAGCUGUCGCUGCCUCUGAUGUGGUUGUCUAUCAGAUCAAGUGGAGCACAGCUGGUGGAGAGAAGCCUCAGGAGCUCUCCAUCGCUGGAAAUGUGGCAACUGCUAUCCUGCCUGGAUUGCAGAAGAACACAGACUACAAAAUAUCCAUCUGGGCCUACUACAAAGAUGGUGCUCGAAGUGACACGGUUUCCAUUCAGCACAGAACCACUUCUCGGAGCCCACCCACCAACCUCUUCAUAGACUCUGAGAGCCCCACCAGCCUCCAGAUCCAUUGGAAGCCCCCCGAGGGCCGCAUACAGCACUACAGAAUCACCUACAGUCCUGUUUCUGACCCCAGCACCCAGCAAACAAUCAUGGCUUCUGGGAAAAGCAGCAGUGUGACCUUGCAGCCGCUGCUGCCCGAUCGAGCCUACAAGGUGGCAGUUUCUGCUGUCCACUACACAGGAGAGAGCGAGAGCACAACUGCAACGGGUCGGACGGCUCCUGUGAUGUCUAAACUGCCUUCAAUACGAGGAUUUGUUCCAUCUAAGACAGAAGCCUGUCCCCCCAUCAGCUCUUCUGCAGGCUCCGUACGAGGAUUCGAUAUGAUGGAAGCGUUUGGCUUAGUAGAGAAGGAAUAUGCCUCCAUUAAAGGAGUGGCUAUGGAGCCAUUCGUAUUUAGUGGCUCCCGCACCUUCACCCUGUUCAGAGACAUUCAGCUCACCCUGAGGACCAGCGAUGUCCACCUCUUUGCCAUCCCACCCGAGCACACCAUCAGCAUCCUCCUGCGCCUCCUUCCCGACACCCCCAAGGAGCCCUUUGCUGUGUGGCAAAUAACCGACGAGGACUUCCAGCCCCUCCUUGGUGUUAACCUUGACCCCAGUAAGAAAACCUUGACCUAUUUCAAUCAUGACUACAAGGCUGAUUUGCAGGAAGUCUCCUUUGACCAGCAGGAAGUGAAGAAGAUAUUCUAUGGGAGUUUUCAUAAGGUGCACCUUGCAGUGAGCCUUUUCAAGAUCAAGCUCUAUCUGGACUGUAAGAAAAUAGCAGAGAGACCCAUCAACACCAUUGGCAGCAUCUCUACUGCUGGCUUCGUCAUGCUGGGAAAAGUGACACGAACCAGAGGGCCCAGGAGUGGAUCAGUAUCGUUCCAGCUGCAGUCGUUGCAGGUUGUGUGCAACAGCUUAGGGGCAGAGGAGGACAGAUGCUGUGAUCUUCCUGCAUUGAGGGACGAGGAGAGCUGCCCCACCAUAGCUCCUGCCUGCUCCUGCACAUCUGGCCGCCCAGGCUUGCCAGGUCCCCCAGGUCCCCCUGGCAGCCCUGGGAGGAGAGGACCACAAGGUGAGCAGGGGGAGCCAGGCCCCAAGGGUGAACCAGGCCCACCUGGAAAAGUGGGACCAGCAGGUCCGAGUGGCCAGCAAGGCUCCCCAGGUUCCCAAGGAAUCACAAUUCAGGGCCCUGUGGGGCCACCAGGUAUUAAAGGAGAGAAAGGAGACACUGGAAGUCCUGGCAUGCAGGGUAUUCCUGGUGUGCAGGGAGCUCCAGGCAGAGAUGGUCUUCAAGGUGCAAAGGGGGUGAGGGGAUUGGAAGGCACAGCUGGGCCCCCAGGACCUCCUGGACCAAGGGGUUUCCAAGGAGUGACAGGUUUCCGGGGCAGCAGCGGUGAGAAGGGACCUCCAGGUGAUGUUGGGCCAACAGGACUACCAGGUCCAAAAGGAGAAAGAGGAGAGAAAGGGGAACCACAGUCCUUGGCCACAAUUUACCAGCUGGUUAGCCAGGCUUGUGAGCGGAUGAUCCAGAGUCACGUGUUGAAAUUUGACUCAUUCAUUCACGAACAUGCAAGGAAGCCGGUUCCUGUUUGGGAAGAAAGACUGAAGCCAGGAGAGCCAGGAUCACCAGGUCCUCCAGGUCCUCCUGGGAGCAAUGGAGAAAAAGGAGAAAAUGGCAUCCCUGGUCAGACAGGAAAAGAUGGGUAUCCUGGAGAAAGAGGUGCCCCAGGACCCAAGGGAGAAAAAGGAAUGGCUGGAGUCAAUGAGGAAGGCAUCCAAGGACCCAGAGGCAGAACAGGCCCACCAGGAGAAGUUGUGUUGGGGAAACCAGGCCCAAAGGGCUACCCUGGGAACACCGGUCCUCAAGGUUUUCCUGGUGUCAGAGGACAGCCUGGGCAGCCCGGAUACUCAGGGGGCUGUGAUGUCUCUGGAUGUUAUGGGCCAGGUAGAAGAGAUUUCAUCCCCUGAUGGCCGAUGUGGAGGCAGCUGAGGACAGUUCUCUGCCCUGGAAGUCUAUGGGUAAAAGCUCCAAGAGAAGCAGCAACCCGAACAGCAAAUGUGUUUGUGCUUUUCUUAUUUCCCACUAUUUGUAUAUGGACAUAUCAGUCAAAUGAAGCCAAUAUCAAACCCGUCAAACCAGCCUGAUGAGUCUCAGCCAUCCACUGUUUUUCAGUGCCAGACACCUGCAGUAUUCAAACUCACAGCAAGGCACACAGCCAAAGCUACAGGCUGACAGACUCGUAAGAAAAAGAAAUAAUGUAUGGAAAUGCUUAGAAAUAACAAAUUUUUGCCCAUU